AUGCAGGUGCUUUGGAGGAAAAAGGUCCAAGUGGAGAAGCAGUACAGCUGUGUGGAUGACACACGAAUCGAUGCAGAUGACAUUGUGGAGAAGAUUGUCCAGAGUCAAAACUUUUCUGACAGCAGCAACAAUGAAGACAGCAACUUGAGAUUAUUUGUAAGUAAAGAUGGAACCACUGCAUUGAGUGGGACACAGCUCACAAACAGAGUGACUCCUGGUAUAUUCGAGCCAGUAGUGAUUGAGACUCACUGACAUACAGUUCACAGAGGCACCAAGACUACUGUAUAAUGUAGUCAUUCACAGAUCAGAGGGUGGUUUACAAGAAUGAUAUUUUCAAUAUAACAGCCUUAAUAUUCAAUCGCAAAUUUGCAAAGAGCACUUUCUAUAAGCAGCUGCAUAACUGUCUGUAUAGUACCAGGUAAUUCAUUCUCAUUCAUCUCAAAACAAAAUAUAGGAAGGAAUAAAAAAAUAUAAUAUAUAUAAAUCUUUAUAAUAUAUACAUAUUUAAUAUUUAUAAUAUAUAAAUAAAUAUGAUACUUACCAUAUUUCAGACUACUUGAAAAAAAAACAUUUAAGACCCUACUACAUUUAGAAACUAUAGUUCAACACUGACGAUUACAUGUGUACAUAAACUAAUGUCACUGACACUGGUUUGUUGCUAUGGCACAUAUCAGUGCUUUAUUUUUAGAACCACUGUUUUCAGCUUGUACUACUUUGUAUUGUUUUGCACAGAAAAAUGGAAACCACUACAAAUGCUUUGCUCUCAAAAUUAGGCCAUGCACAUUAUUUUAUUUCUUUUCUAUAUUAAUAGAUUUUAAUAGUUAAAGAUUUAGCUUUCCUCAUUGGGACAUAGAAGUUACUCCAAAGAAAUUGCAACAAAACCCAAGUUCAUAUGGCUGGCCAUAUGCAUUUGUGCACUCUUACACAUUUAUUCUGUAGGUAAUCAAUUUACUAUAAUGAAUGUAGAUUUGAAUACCUGAUUGUCUAACAUCAGGUUAAUUUUCCAGUUUUUUAAUGAUUAGUGUACAAAACAAAACAUGGUCACUCCGACCUCUGUGUUCUACAAAAAUGUGCUGCUCACUCCUUUUCAUGGGAUCAAGGGAAAAUUUAGUGUUUACUUGAAUAAAUUAGAUAUAAAUAAAAAAGUUUAUAUAUAUAGAGAGAGAGAGCGAGAGAGAAAGAUUUUUUUACUGUUAUUGAUGAUAUGUAUCUGUAAAGGUUUUUGUAAAAAUGAUUUCAAGACUUUUUGAGACUGCACUUUCUGAGCUGAGGUGGUGCCCCAGUGGCUCUGGUCACUGGUGUCCUCUGUUGUUGUGGUUUGUGCUACUGAGUCCUGUCGCGAAGCUCUCACUGAACACCAGUGUGUUACACAGGGGUCAAAGCUGCAGCUGCAGUGGCUCAAAGCUUCUUUUGUACGGACAGUUUAGUGGGCAGCCUCCUCAGUCCUCACCCCAAAUGAUCCAGUACUCAAUGUGUCUUUUGAUUUUCAGUUUGUUUUGGACGUCCUUAGGAGCCAUGCUGGACAUGUCUAAACUGAUAUUGUGACUCCAUGCGUUAACAGAUUGUCAGUGUUUUCUUUAGUUGUUUUGGUAUUGUGACUGUUAUAACAGUUUAUUUUUUCUCCUUUUAGACCAGCAGGCUGGUUGCAGAUAGAUUAUAUAAAAUGUGGUGUUCAGCAACUGUGAUUUGUACUAUCUCUCAUUGUACGUGACCGUGUUUAUUAACUACAUUUAAUGAAUUGCUUUGGCAUGAGGUUUUAGGGUACUUUGUUUAUGGACUGUGUUAAGAGAAAUUACAUUUUGGUGCUGUAUCCAGAGAACUUACUGCCAGCUCAGUCCACGUUAUCUUAGUCUGUGUCAUCAGAGGUAUAAUACUCCCUACAACAGAGGGAUAGCAAGACCGGACUGUACGAGACUGGAAUGGACGACACUAUCAUAACGUGUCUUGAGGGCUGGGUUCUCUGGGUGCUGGGUCCCAUACUGAUGGUAAAUAAACAUCUCCUGCAUUUGAACUCAAGCAUCAUGCCUCUUCUCUUGAACACUCGAGUUACUACAAUUUUAUUCUACAAUAGGCUAUAAAGUAAAUAAUUUAGGCCAACCCUGUUCAAAUGCUUGGCCUAUAAUGUGCACUCUGUAU